UGAGACACACAAACACACGGCGGAGGCUACAGUCACACAGUCCCUCACACACACACACACACACACACACACACACACGCCGUCUUGUGACCGCGCGGUAUCGAAACCUGGACGAGGCGUCGGCGCAUCCACCGGCGCGCCGCUGAACGCUGCACCCGGGGAGCAGGGGCGAGAAGCAUCCAUGCCCACAGGUUCCCUCUCACGCGUCGACCUGGACCUGCUCUCGUCUUCGGGCCUCCUCCUUCGCCGCUGAGAGAAUGAAAGGAUGGCCGAGCGGCGACGCGGGGACCACGGAGGGCUGACGGACGCUGCCGCGGCGACUCACGGGGAUGAGCAGCAGCGUCGCAGCGCGAUGAACUCGACGGAGGAGGCGACGGUGGAGGGUCUCUCCCUGGAAGAGAUACUGGGGCUUUACAGCCAGCCCAUCAACGAGGAGCAGGCAUGGGCGGUGUGUUACCAGUGCUGCAGGACGCUGGCGAAGGGGCACCGGAGGAGGGGGAGCUCCUCCGCCGCCGCAGCCGCCGGAGCAUCAUCGGCGGAGGCUCCGAGGAGGAUAUCCGGACCGGGGGAUGUCAGGAUACAGAAAGACGGGUCGGUGAGGGUGGACCACCGGGGCUGUGAAGGUAAAUACAACCCUUGCACAACAACAGAGGUGAUUGAGUCUCUGGGCAUCAUGAUCUACAAGGCUCUGGAUUACGGGCUGAAGGAGAACGAGGAGAGGGAGCUCAGCCCUCCUCUGGAGCAGCUCAUCGACCUCAUGACCAACAUGGUCGAGGCCGAGAGGGACGCCUGCCCAGACGAAGGCUAUGAGGCCACAGAGGAAGAGGAUGAGGCGGAGGAUGACCCCGACAACAUCUCCAGCGUCCACGGCUACAGAGAUAUCUUCAAGCUGUGCACAGAUCAUCUGCCCAGUCUGUCAGACACCCCCAGUCACUACCAGGCAGUGUGUCGUGCUCUGUACACAGAAACCAGGGAGCUCGGCACUUUCCUGGAGAAGAUCAAGAGCGCUAAAGAGAACCUCCGUAAGAUGGAGGAAGGGCCAUCAGAAGACCCUGGCAGAGACCUGAAUGAGCUACAGAACGCUGACUGGGCUCGAUUCUGGGUUCAGGUGAUGAGGAACCUGCGUGAAGGAGUGAAGCUGAAGAAGGUGCAGGAGCGUCAGUACAACCCUCUGUCCAUCGAGUACGAGCUCACCCCCUACGAGAUGCUCAUGGAUGACAUCCGCUCCAAACGCUACAAACUGCGCAAAGUCAUGACAAAUGGAGACCUCCCACUGAGGUUAAAGAAGAGUGCUCAUGAAGUCAUCCUGGAUUUCAUCAGGUCUAGACCACCUCUCAACCCUGUGUCAGCCCGUAAGCUGAAGCCGCAGACUCAGCUUCCUCCGACGCUGCAUGAACGCAUCUUGGAGGAAAUCAAAGCGGAGAGGAAGCUCCGGCCAGUGUCUCCUGGUGAGGUCCGCAGGGGAAGGCUGGAUGAGUUUAGUCCCUACAUGGGAAGGAGGACUUCAAGCUCUCUAUCUCUGGCCAACGGAUUAGCAUCUACCAGGGGAGAACCCUCCGGAUCUCAGUCUGUGCCUCCGAGGAAGAGGCUCCUGAAGGCUCCGAGUCUCGCCGAGCUGGACAGCUCUGACUCUGACGAUGAAAUUUUUGGGCGUAAAUCCGCCAGCAGCUCCAGCGUGGCUACAUCUGUGAUGGAUGAUACGUCCCCAGAGUGCGCUGUGGGAAAGAAAACUCCCCCCAUGUUCCUGCCCAUCUCUUCUACACCCCAGCCAGAGAGGCGUCAGACCCCUCAGCGGAGACACUCCAUCGAGAAGGAGACUCCGACCAAUGUUCGACUGUUUCAGCCGCCCUGCAAACAGAGCUCCAGGUCUCUGGAGGAGUUCUGUUUCCCUGUGGAGUGUCUGUCUCUGACGGUGGAUGAGGUGAUGCACAUCAGACAGGUGCUGGUGAAGGCAGAGCUGGAGAAGUUCCAGCAGUACAAAGACAUUUACAAUGCUAUGAAGAAGGGAAAGCUUUGCUUCUGUUGUCGAAGCAAAAGGUUUUCCUUUUUUACCUGGUCCUACAUCUGCCAGUUUUGCAAAAAGCCUGUGUGCGCGCAGUGCUGCAAAAAGAUGCGGCUGCCAUCCAAACCUUACUCCAGCUUGCCCAUCUACUCCAUCGGCUCCACCAACACUCUCCCCAGGGAGAGGGUCGGUGCCAUGGCUGCCAUAGGACAAGGGCUGUCUGUGGCUGGAGGGCCGGGGCCGUCAGCACUGGGAGGGGCCAUGGCACCCCCCACUGUGAAAGUAGAAACAACAGGGGCAUCUAAAAGAGCUGGAAAAGCCUCUGGAGCAACAGCUGCUGCUGCUGCCAAAUCUGAGAAAUCCUCCAGUAGCCCGCAGCGCCACGGCAUUCACAAGACCAUGUCCAAGUUCUCGAAGCAUGGCUCUUUGAAGUCCCACGAAGAACUGGAGCUUCCCUCAGAGCUGACGGAGGACUGGGCCACCAUGGAGGUGUGCGUGGACUGCAAGAAGUUCAUCUUCGACAUUAUUGCCUCCAGCAAGCACAGCCUGUCGCUGGCCACCAAGAGAGCUCGCCUAAAACGCAAGACCCAGUCCUUCUACUUGUCCUCGCCAAAAGGAAGGGAGGAGUACCGGCCAUCUGAGCGAACAAUCAAGGAGAUCUGAAACUUUCUCUCUCUCUAUCUCUCUACACAAUUAUAAAGACUCAACACUGGAUAUAAUCCUACUGUCCAUGUAUACUUCAGUCACAUAAAGCUAAAAGUCAGAGUGAUAUGAACCUCAGUGGUGGACAGUGUUCUUUGUUCCUGUGUCCUGAUCACCGUGUACAGCUCCUUCUUUUUUAUUAUUACCAUAUCAUAGAUGAUCCUUUAAUCUCUGGCCACAUACUUUUACGUCAAGAGACAAGAACUGUUGAGAUGGCAAUGUGUCAAAGUGGAAUGACCCCCGCCCCGUCCAACCCAACUCAUAUCCAAAUCGAUAAGCACAAGACAGACGGAGGACUGAUGUGUGUUUGACCUCCUGUGUCUCCGGCACUGCAGAAGAGACGAGGCCUGCAUACAGAUCAUACUGCAACUGAGACUAAAGAAGAUAAGAAAUAUUAGACUGUACAUGUUAUAUGGGUUUUAAUUUCUUUAUUUGUACACAUGUGCAUACAGUAAAUGAUUGUUCGAUGAAGCUACCCUCUGUUUUAUUUCAAGAUUCUCCCCCACUUUCCUCUUUUCCGAGCGUACCCGAGUUGGGGCUCCUUCUUUGUUUCCGCCCAUCCGUUGUUGUUGUUUUUUUGCAACAAAUUUAAAAACUGUUUUCAUGCAGAUUUAGUGCCAAAUAAUAGCAUAUUUCUGCUCUGUGUCACCUAAAGAAAAGUAAUUGCCCUCUGAUUUGAGUUUGGAAAUCUUGAUAUCUCAAAAUGAAUAUUCAAGACCAUAAUAAGCACCGCUCAGUUUUCUAUUAAGAGUUAAGCUAAUCUGCAUCAUCAGGAUUCUGUGGGUCAGAUUUGAUUGACAGUGGUCCAGCACUCUAUCAGAUUUUGACAAGAUUGGUGAAAUUUAAAGUUGCAGAGGCUGAGAUGCCGUUUGUGUGUCUGUCUGUGUCCAUUUGUCCACAUAUAAAGCUUCAAAAAACAUUUCCCACAAUGCAACUCCACUGCAUCUCUCGUUAAAAUGUUAAUAACACAAACAAACGUCCCCACAACGUUGCUAAAUCCUGAUUGGCUCAAGGCACAUUACAUCAUCCGUUUCCAAAUGAGCUGUGCCCACUUCAAACAUGUGAGCAAAACAAAAAACACAAAUCUCUUAUGCAAAAUGAUCCAAAAUAUUCUAACUUUGACAAAAAAUGUCUUAGUUAUAUUAAAUAUUAUAUUAUUAUUAUAUUUGUUUAGGGCUUUUGAAGCACAUUUCUCAACCAUACAUCAAUUUGCAACUUACUUAAAUGACUCAGAUGUGCAGAGAAGUGUGGGAUUCUGUUCAGUCUUGCCUUUGAAUAAUUUACAUGAACCAUCUGCAUACUUUUUAAUUUUUAAAUGUACCUUUGCGUUGAUAAAUAUGUGAUAUAUCUGAACUUGUAAUAUUUUCUUUACAUUAGGUUUCUGACUAGAGAAUUAGUCAUAUCAAAAGAUAUUUUUGUACAGACUCAUGUUAAUGAAACCCAGUUCACUGUGCAGGCAUCAAAAAAUAUAACACAUACUUUCUAUUUCAUUCUGCAUCCCAUUCCUCAUCUCCCUCCUUAAGAUAUCUCUGCCUUAAGAACUGCCUUUUAUGAUCACUAUCGUACAUUGAACAGUCAUCUACUGUAACUGUACAUACUUUGUUUGUAGGUGUGUGUGUUGCCUCGGCGGUACCUUGACAGUGAGACGGCUGCAGAUCUGUGUCUCUGAGAGGGAAACUAUCCCAGUAUAGUGUGUUCAGGGGAAGACUGGGAAGCCCGCAGGACACUGUGACAGCAGCAUGCAUGUACUACGGUGUAACUUGUACCCUCAGUCUGUAUUACCUUUAAGGUGUAACUCCACGCACAGAGUGCAACAAAUGUUGACUACAACAAUAAACUAUAAAGCAAUAUCUGAUCAAAGUAUCUACUUUGUGCUGUAUUCAAACAAAUGUCUUUCU